CAGCAGGCAGGUGCAGAAUAGAAUAAAAAGGCCCAUUUGAGGCUUUCAUCAGUGUGUUCACUUUGACUGAGGAGAAGAGAGCAGUGGGAUCAGAUCUACGUUCUAGUGCAUGUUUUUUGUCUGACGAGAAUGAAGCCUCGCAUGAUGAUGAUGUCAGAGGGUCUGUUGUUACUCCUGAUCAUGCAAGCUCUUCAUCAUGCUUCAGUUGGUCAAUCCACCACCCCUCCUUUCAGCACCACCACCUCUAGACCAACAACCACCACCACCCUUCCCUCCACCACUCCCCCUCCUGUGGUGUUCCUGUGUGGGGGCACACCUUGCCCAGCAGGCCAGGACUGUGUCAGUGUCAACGGUUCUCUUCGCUGUGCUGACCCCUGUAGCCAGUACUCAGUUCUGGACGAUGCCUGGCGUUCAACGGACUUCAGAAACGAUGGUAACCUGCACUGUGACCGGGAUAUCAGUUGGCAGGGAUGGUAUCGCUUGUUCCUGGGGGGGAACAGUACCCAGAUGCCAGAGACGUGUGUGGAAGAGAACAUGUGUGGGACCCACGCCGCUUUGUGGAUCACCACCCCUCACCCCCUGCUGAGAGACGGCGUGGUGGAACGGGGAACCUGUGGGAAAUGGUCCUGGGGCGCCGGCAACGGCAACUGCUGUGCAUUUAGGUCAAACCCCAUCCAUGUCAAAGCCUGUCCUGGCAACUACUACGUCUACAAGUUUGUCCAACCAGUUGGUUGUUACUUGGCUUAUUGUGCAGUUGGUUGGGGGAACUCCACCACCACCACCACCACCCCUCCUUUCACCACCACCACCUCUAUACCAACAACCACCACCACCCCUUCUACUACCACCACCCCUCCUACUACCACCACCACCUCUAGACCAACAACCACCACCACCCCUCCUACUACCACCACCCCUCCUUUCACCACCACCACCUCUAGACCAACAACCACCACCACCUCUAGACCAACAACCACCACCACCCCUCCUACUACCACCACCCCUCCUUUCACCACCACCACCUCUAGACCAACAACCACCACCACCCCUCCUUCCACCACCACCACCCUUCCCUCCACCACUCCCCCUCCUGUGGUGUUCCUGUGUGGGGGCACACCUUGCCCAGCAGGCCAGGACUGUGUCAGUGUCAACGGUUCUCUUCGCUGUGCUGACCCAUGUAGCCAGUACUCAGUUCUGGACGAUGCCUGGCGUUCAACGGACUUCAGAAACGAUGGUAACCUGCACUGUGACCAGCAUAUCAGUUGGCAGGGAUGGUAUCGCUUGUUCCUGGGGGGGAACAGUACCCAGAUGCCAGAGACGUGUGUGGAAGAGAACAUGUGUGGGACCCACGCCGCUUUGUGGAUCACCACCCCUCACCCCCUGCUGAGAGACGGCGUGGUGGAACGGGGAACCUGUGGGAAAUGGUCCUGGGGCGCCGGCAACGGCAACUGCUGUGCAUUUAGGUCAAACCCCAUCCAUGUCAAAGCCUGUCCUGGCAACUACUACGUCUACAAGUUUGUCCAACCAGUUGGUUGUUACUUGGCUUAUUGUGCAGUUGGUUGGGGGAACUCCACCACCACCACCACCACCCCUCCUUUCACCACCACCACCUCUAUACCAACAACCACCACCACCCCUCCUACUACCACCACCCCUCCUUUCACCACCACCACCUCUAGACCAACAACCACCACCACCCCUACUUCCACCACCACCACCCUUCCCUCCACCACUCCCCCUCCUGUGGUGUUCCUGUGUGGGGGCACACCUUGCCCAGCAGGCCAGGACUGUGUCAGUGUCAACGGUUCUCUUCGCUGUGCUGACCCAUGUAGCCAGUACUCAGUUCUGGACGAUGCCUGGCGUUCAACGGACUUCAGAAACGAUGGUAACCUGCACUGUGACCAGCAUAUCAGUUGGCAGGGAUGGUAUCGCUUGUUCCUGGGGGGGAACAGUACCCAGAUGCCAGAGACGUGUGUGGAAGAGAACAUGUGUGGGACCCACGCCGCUUUGUGGAUCACCACCCCUCACCCCCUGCUGAGAGACGGCGUGGUGGAACGGGGAACCUGUGGGAAAUGGUCCUGGGGCGCCGGCAACGGCAACUGCUGUGCAUUUAGGUCAAACCCCAUCCAUGUCAAAGCCUGUCCUGGCAACUACUACGUCUACAAGUUUGUCCAACCAGUUGGUUGUUACUUGGCUUAUUGUGCAGUUGGUUGGGGGAACUCCACCACCACCACCACCACCCCUCCUUUCACCACCACCACCUCUAUACCAACAACCACCACCACCCCUUCUACUACCACCACCCCUCCUACUACCACCACCACCUCUAGACCAACAACCACCACCACCCCUCCUACUACCACCACCCCUCCUUUCACCACCACCACCUCUAGACCAACAACCACCACCACCCCUCCUUCCACCACCACCACCCUUCCCUCCACCACUCCCCCUCCUGUGGUGUUCCUGUGUGGGGGCACACCUUGCCCAGCAGGCCAGGACUGUGUCAGUGUCAACGGUUCUCUUCGCUGUGCUGACCCAUGUAGCCAGUACUCAGUUCUGGACGAUGCCUGGCGUUCAACGGACUUCAGAAACGAUGGUAACCUGCACUGUGACCAGCAGAUCAGUUGGCAGGGAUGGUAUCGCUUGUUCCUGGGGGGGAACAGUACCCAGAUGCCAGACACGUGUGUGGAAAAGUACAUGUGCGGGACCCACGCCCCUUUGUGGCUCACUGCUCCUCACCCCCUGCUAGCAGACAGGGUGGUGGAACGCGGUGUGUGUGGGCACUGGGUGGACGACUGCUGUUACUUUAGGUCAAACCCGAUCCAUGUCAAAGCCUGUCCUGGAAACUACUACGUGUACAAGUUCGUCAACCCAAAUUUUUGUCAUGCGACUUAUUGUGCAGAGAGUCGAGGGAUCUCCACCACCACCACCCCUCCUACUACCACCACCCCUUCUACCACCACCCCCUCAGCAGCAGAAGGGGAGUUACGUCUGGCUGGGGGGAACACUUCCUGCUCCGGCAGAGUGGAGAUCUACCACCAGGACCAGUGGGGGACGGUGUGUGAUGACUUUUGGGACGUGCAGGAUGCCCAGGUGGUGUGUAGUCAGCUGGGCUGUGGCCGCGCUCUGUCUGCUCCGAUGUCUGCCAGCUUCGGCCAGGGCAGCGGGCCCAUCUGGCUGGACGAUGUCAGGUGUUCGGGGUCAGAGUCCUCCCUGGCAGAGUGUAGCCACCUGCCCUUCGGCUCACACAACUGUGUACACGGUGAAGAUGCCGGGGUCAUCUGUGAAGCUGUCGAUCCUCUGAGAUUGGUGAACGGUUACCCUGACAACCCUGCCUGCUCCGGCAGAGUGGAGAUCUACCACCAGGACCAGUGGGGGACGGUGUGUGAUGACUACUGGGACGUGCAGGAUGCCCAGGUGGUGUGUAGUCAGCUGGGCUGUGGCCGCGCCCUGUCUGCUCCGAUGUCUGCCAGCUUCGGCCAGGGCAGCGGGCCCAUCUGGCUGGACGAUGUCAGGUGUUCGGGUUCAGAGUCCUCCCUGGCGAACUGCAGCCACCUGCCCUUCGGCUCACACAACUGUGUACACGGUGAAGAUGCCGGGGUCAUCUGUGAGGUUGGUCGCGGAAACUCCACCACCACAACCACCCCUCCUUCCACCACCACCACCCUUACCUCCACCACUUCCCCUCCUGUGGUGUUCCUGUGUGGGGGCACACCUUGCCCAGCAGGCCAGGACUGUGUCAGUGUCAACGGUUCUCUUCGCUGUGCUGACCCCUGUAGCCAGUACUCAGUUCUGGACGAUGCCUGGCGUUCAACGGACUUCAGAAACGAUGGUAACCUGCACUGUGACCAGCAUAUCAGUUGGCAGGGAUGGUAUCGCUUGUUCCUGGGGGGGAACAGUACCCAGAUGCCAGAGACGUGUGUGGAAGAGAACAUGUGUGGGACCCACGCCGCUUUGUGGAUCACCACCCCUCACCCCCUGCUGAGAGACGGCGUGGUGGAACGGGGAACCUGUGGGAAAUGGUCCUGGGGCGCCGGCAACGGCAACUGCUGUGCAUUUAGGUCAAACCCCAUCCAUGUCAAAGCCUGUCCUGGCAACUACUACGUCUACAAGUUUGUCCAACCAAAUAAUUGUUACUUGGCUUAUUGUGCAGUUGGUCGCGGAAACUCCACCACCACAACCACCCCUCCUUCCACCACAACCACCCCUCCUUCCACCACCAUCACCCUUACCUCCACCACUCCCCCUCCUGUGGUGUUCCUGUGUGGGGGCACACCUUGCCCAGCAGGCCAGGACUGUGUCAGUGUCAAUGGUUCUCUUCGCUGUGCUGACCCCUGUAGCCAGUACUCAGUUCUGGACGAUGCCUGGCGUUCAACGGACUUCAGAAACGAUGGUAACCUGCACUGUGACCAGCAUAUCAGUUGGCAGGGAUGGUAUCGCUUGUUCCUGGGGGGGAACAGUACCCAGAUGCCAGAGACGUGUGUGGAAGAGAACAUGUGUGGGACCCACGCCGCUUUGUGGAUCACCACCCCUCACCCCCUGCUGAGAGACGGCGUGGUGGAACGGGGAACCUGUGGGAAAUGGUCCUGGGGCGCCGGCAACGGCAACUGCUGUGCAUUUAGGUCAAACCCCAUCCAUGUCAAAGCCUGUCCUGGCAACUACUACGUCUACAAGUUUGUCCAACCAGUUGGUUGUUACUUGGCUUAUUGUGCAGUUGGUUGGGGGAACUCCACCACCACCACCACCCUUCCUCCAACCACUACUGCCACCUCCAGACCAACAACCACAACCAUCACCAUCAUCCCAGAGCUGGUGUGUGGUAGGAGCUUCCUUGAUGUGGGUCUCCUCAAGUCUCAGCUAGCGGCCAAACGUCUGGACUCCUCCUCUGCUCACAUGGCCGACCCCCGCUGCUCCUCCCAGGAGAUUAACGGGACGGUGUGGUUCCAGGUGGAGCGCAGGGAGGGCAGCUGUGGAACCACUCUGACGACCAACGGCAGCCACGCCAUCUACUCCAACAGUCUGUUUGUGUACCCGUUCAGUGAGAACUUGGUUCAACCCCUGAGGAUCCCUUUCUCCUGCUCCUAUCCUCUGGAGACAGUGGCUAGCCUGGAUGUGGCCAUCAAACCAUACCUGGAACUUGAAGGUGCGGUGAGAGAUGAGGGUGCCAAGGCCAGGACCUCCAUGUCUCUGUUCCGUGAUGCCAACUACACAGCUCCUUACCCAGCAGGCCGUGUCACUCUGCCCCUGGGCUCUGCUCUGCAUGUGGGUGUGUCUGUUGAAGAGACGGACGCUGGCAUCUUUGUGGUCGUUUUGGAGGACUGCUACACCACCCACUCCCCUGAUCCUGAUGACCUCCUGAAAUACUUCCUCAUCCAGCACAGGUGUUCUACCGACCGUCACCAGGUGACCGUGGACGAGAAUGGCUUGUCCCUCCAGGCUCGCUUCUCUGCGCUGCUGUUCCUGUUCCAGGGGGACUACAGGGACGUCUACCUGCACUGCAGCCUCAACCUGUGUGACCAGAGAAACUCCUCCUGCUCUCCUAUGUGUUCCAGAAGGUUUGUCCGCUCUAUCGACGAACUUGUGCCCCUCCAACCUGUCUCAGUCGGACCAAUCACCUGGAGCCAGAGUCUGGAGUAAGCUGAUGAAGUCACACCUCCCUCAGAACGGCUUCAUGACCAUCCCUAUGGCAACCAGCUCAGGCUCUCUCCUGUCUCUCUCCUGGCUCUCCUUUGAAAUGUUUUAACCCUGGAAAUGAUGACAGAACACCCUGCAUAUAAAUAACUAUAAGCUUUAAAUUGUGGGUUACUGUUUCUGAAGGUUUGCAUUCUAUAAUUAUAAAUUGCAUACUAGGGAAUAGUGGGAACAUUGGUAAAUAAGUAUAGCCUACUAAAUAAACAUACUACUUUUCCUUUAACUUAAUCACUUAUCUGGAACAAAAUCAGGGAUUUAUGUGUAAUAUUCAAGGCUUGAUGAAGUCUGACUCAAAUAAAGAAGUAAAAAUUGC